AAUGCCGGGCCAACAACAAGAACGCAUCAGGCUGUCUUCGAUGGGCGGGGAAUCGACUUGCAGCAACAGCAGUAGCGGAGGCAGCGGCAGCGGCAGUACGACAAUGAAGAUUCGGAGACGAGUGGUAAUGAUGGGCGCGGCUAGGGUUGGCAAAACGUCCAUCAUUAAGCAGUUCCUGUACGAUCAGUUCCCUGACCGAUACAAGGAGACUAUCGAGGAAUUACACAGAGGAGACUAUGAAUUACCCGAUGGAGCACGAUUGACAUUAGAUAUUUUGGACACAUCGGGAGCUUAUCAGUUUCCAGCUAUGCGAGAGUUAUCUAUAUCAACUGCUGAUGCAUUUCUUUUAGUCUUCUGUGUGGACAGAGAAGACACCUGGGAUCAAAUUAAACACUUUAAAGAACAAAUAAUUGAAAGAAGAGGACCAAAAAUUCCAAUAGUCAUUGUAGGCAAUAAGUGUGAAUUGUCUGAACGGUUUUUACCAAUGGAAAUUACCGAAGCAAUAUCUAAAUACGAUUGGGAAUGUGGCUAUAUGGAAUGCUCAGCCAAAGAAAAUAGAAACAUAGUACAGGUGUUUAAGGAGCUCCUAGCUCAGGCAAAGUUAGGAUGCUUUAUGACCCUUCAUCACUUUUACGGUUCAAUAUAAUUUGAGUCCGGCUGUAAGACGCAGACGUAUGUCCCUUCCAAAUUACGUGGACAACCGUUCAGGAUCGACCAAAGGACGUUACAUGCUCAAAAGAAAUUCCUGUACAGUGGCCUAAUGCAGAAGACCUAG